UGAAUUCUGAUAAAUUGCCCGAAGCCCUUUUCCUUCAUCGAGUCAUCCGCAUCCUCUCCAAAAGUGAGAUCUACUUCCUUCCUUAUCUAAGUGUGCUUUUCCCCAAUUGCCUUGCAAUUUCUCGUAUCUCAUGGCCCGUUCCAUUGCUCAAGCCCUAAAUCUGAUCCGAACCACCACCGCCCCAUCCACAGCCAGCCGCCGCGAUGCUGUUCGCCUCGUAGCUUGUAGGUGCGAAUCCACUCAGCCGGACAGACACGUGGCAUCUGACACAUCGGAGGCGGAGGCUGUGGCGGUGCAGAGGAUCGAGGACGCUAUUCAUCGUAUCAUAGUACGGAGAUCGGCUCCCGAUUGGCUUCCUUUCUGUCCUGGUGCUUCUUACUGGGUCCCACCUCGACGCAGCUCCUAUGGUGUAGCUGACCUCGUUCAUAAGCUAUCUAAUACGCUUUCCGAAGAGGAAACUAUGUCUCUUGCUACAUUCCGCGGCUGGCCUUCCUCUACUUUUUAUCUUAAUAAUGAGAAUGCCGUGACAGAGAAUGAUAGUAUGUCCAAAAAGGUGAACCAGUCUGACAAAGAGGAAAAUUAACUGCAAGCAUGAAUGGUUAAAGUAACUGCUUCUCCACCACUGUUGUUAAGGCCUAAAAUUCAUGUACAUAUGUUUGUGUAGCUGGACAGAGUAAUGAGGAAGCAUUUCCAACUUUUGGAAUUUGUACAUACACAAGCUUCCUCGCCAUAUUUCUGUUAUACUAGCAGAGCUGCAAGUCUAGUUGAAUGUACAUACUUCUUAGCUUGUCGAAAAAAUUUCUUUAAUUUGCACCUUUCCUAAUUUCCCUUGUUUAUGAUGAUGGGUAGAACUGAAUGCAAGCUAGCCCUCUUGCUAUAUGCCCUAAUCAGUGUAAUGUUAUUGGUAGUUGUAAAUGCUAGAAAUAAAUUUUGGCUGUCCACAAUUUGCUUGUGCUUGCCUUCCCAUACUUGGGCGAUAGCCAAGAAGCUAAAUCGUUUAAUUUGUAAGAGAAAAGUAACCUAAAGUUUAAUCAGCAUUUUUGAGUGUC